AUGAACAACAUGCGGAUGCUUGCGGAAGAGGAGGAGAACGACGAUGGGACUGAGGUUACAUGGGAGGAUCAGCAGCGUAUCAACACGUUCUCCAAAUUGAACACCCGUCUCAGGAGCAUAGAGGAACGACUGGAGGAACUGAAGCAAGAGAAAGAAGCAUUAGAUGACCUCUCUACAGAGCUCGAGCUUACUGACGAGGAUGAAAGUGUGCUAUACAAGAUCGGCGAAUCUUUUCUUCACCUACCCCAACCCCGCGCGAUAAAACGACUUGAAAAGGAUCAGGCAGCUUUAUCAGCUCAAAUCUUGGACCUAUCAGCAGGCGCGGAACAAUGCGAAAAAGAGAUGAAGGAGCUGAAAGUUACACUGUAUGCCAGGUUUGGCCGCGCAAUCAACCUCGAUGAAUGA